GGUCCCCUCAGUCUGUCAUUUCUCGCCCACCACGUCUCUAUUAACGCUCCCUAGCAUGUCUAAAUACGCCUAAUGUUACUGAAUCAACGUAAUCCAUCAGCGCCUGGGGUUCACUAGGCUGAGGGCGCGGGGUAGAUAGCGAAAUGCGAAGCCGAAGUCGGUUCCACAUCGAAACAGUACAGGGAUGAGGUAGUGUUCAAAAUGGCGGCCGCUCGAUAGCCGCUCCUUACCACAGGCAGCUACCAUUUUGCCGUUUUUGAAGGGAUUUCUGAGUAUGGCGUGCAGUACAUGGUGUGUAGUGUGUGUUCGUGCCUCGUAUAACCCGGCAAGAUGAACCAGAGUGGCGUAGUAACCGCGGGCGAGGAGUGAGAGGCGCGUAAACAGCCGCUACACCCGCUGAAGGAUAGGGACGAGUAGGUGUCGGGCCGAUUUUUAAACCCUUGUCCUGUCUCCCCCUCGGCCUGCAAGAUGUGGAACAUGAUGUGUGAUGUGAUGCCCACCAUAGCGGAAGAUGGCAUUACCCCCAGGGGCUCCCAGUUCAGCGGGGAUGAUGCGAACUUUGAGCAGUUAAUGGUGUCUAUGCUGGACGAAAGGGAUAAACUUCUAGACACAGUUAGAGAGACGCAAGAGAGACUGAGUGAGCUGGAAACCAAGUACCAGGAGCUUGAGAAAGAGAGAGAUAGCCUGCAGAGACAGCUUGAUGCCAACUUGCCCCAGGAGUUUGCAACGCUAACUAAAGAAUUAAACGGGGCUCGGGAGAAUCUUUUGGAGAGAGAUGAAGAGAUAACGGAACUGAAGGCGGAGAGAAAUAACACCAGGUUACUGCUGGAGCACUUGGAGUGUUUGGUGUCACGGCACGAACGUUCUCUGAGGAUGACGGUGGUGAAGCGGCAGGCGGCGUCCCAGAGUGGCGUGAGCUCAGAGGUGGAGGUGUUGAAGGCGCUCAAGUCCCUCUUUGAGCACCACAAGGCCCUGGACGAGAAGGUGAGGGAGAGAUUACGAGUGGCCCUGGAGAGAGUGGCUUCCCUGGAGGAGGACCUCACACACACCAGGGAGGAGCUGAGCCAGUACAAGAUGGGGAAAAUGCCAGGGGAUGGGGCGGAGGGGGCACGGGUCAACGGGGAGGCUGCCCCCCAAUCCCUGGAUGGGCCAACCCCGGGGGUGAAGGGCGCCCCCUCCUCUGCCACCAACAGCGACCAGGCACAUGUGAAAGGAGAAGGAGAAACAGAAACAGGAGAAGGAGGAGGAGGAGGAGGAGGAGAAGGAGAAGGAGAAGAGGAACGAAAGGAGAAUGGGACCACCGCCAUCACCACUGCAACCACCACCACCACCACCACUUCUGUCAGUAAGAUGAUGGAGCUUCAAGCAUCUUUAGAAAAACAGACGGCGGAACUGAACGCAGCAAGGGAGCGGGUGAGAGAGCUCCAAAACCGGCUGCAGGAGCUUGAGGAGAACCUGCAGAUGACACAGAAGGAGCUGGUGAAGGCGCAGGAGAUCAACUCAAGGCUACAGCGAGACUUGAAGGAGAACGUAGCACAGAAGGAGGACCAGGAGGAGAGGAUCGCCACGCUGGAGAAGAGGUACUUGAAUGCCCAGCGCGAGUCCACCUCUCUGCACGACCUCAAUGAGAAGCUAGAGGAGGAACUGAAGAACAAGGAGGCACAGUACAAGCUACAAGAGGACAAGAUUCGAGCACUGCAGGAGAAAGUGGAGUUGAGUGAACAGAAGCUGGCACAGUAUGCUAAGCUGCCAGAUGUGGAGCAAGAAUUGAAGCAGCGAAUGGAGGCGCUGCAUCAGGUACAGGAGAAGCAUGGGAGCGCAGAGGAUCGCAUCCAGCGUCUCGAGAACCAGUUGGAUGAGAAGGGUGCCGAGCUGCUCAGACUCAACCAGCGACUCAAAAUGAAUGAGGACCACAACACUCGACUCUCCAGCACUGUCGAUAAGCUGCUGCAGCAAUCAAAUGACCGACUACAGGUACACUUGAAGGAGAGAAUGCACGCCCUUGAGGAAAAGAACGCCCUCACUGCUGAACUGGAAAGAACGCGUAAGAUCCUUGAAGACUCUGCGCAGGAAAAGAAUGAAAUAUUGAAAGAAUUGUCCAGGCGACAACUAGAGGCUGAACAGCUGAAGCAACAAUUGUUGCAACAGGAGAUUGCCUUCAAUAUUAAACAGACAGAAGCUUUGACCAGGUCAGUGUCACCAACCGGAGGGGAGUUUGUCCGCAGCACCUCCCACUCCAGCUUCGACUCUCGCUCCCUACCACGCCGGCCUCCCUCAGCCCCUCCUGCACACAAACGCACCCCAGGAAGCUUGGAUGAGGAGAAUUCACAGGCAAACACAGGCUGGGAGAUGACUGGGGGACACAUGCCGAGCCAGUUCACCAGCGAGGGAGGGGAGCUGUCUGACGGAGAGGCCGAGGAUGCAGAGUCUAUAUUCUCCCACAUUGAUAUGCUGUCACCCUCCCACCACCAAGAUACACAGACUCUAGUUAUUAUGCUGCAGGAUCAAGUGGAAGCGAUCGACAAUGAGAUCAGCAACCUAGUUGUGGGUAGAGGAGGGAGUGUGGGGGGGACUGAGGCUUUUUGGGCAGGCGUGGUGUCACCCCAAGGCCCCCCCUCAACGUGGGAUGCCAUUCCAGACCAACGUAGCAGGCUAUUAGAGGAGGAGAAGCAGACUACGGAAGCCAGGGCGGAGGAGCUAGAGAAGUGUGUGGGCUCGGUUGAACACAUGAUGCUGCGUGGACGUUCUCUCGAGCGCCCCUCACCUCCGAUCUCCGGCCGUUCCACUCCAAAGUCACACCACUCCCCUUCCCGCGAUUACCUGCAGAAGUAUCACACGGCUCCUGCUGGCAUGUCCCCCUCUCAUAUGUACAAGUUUAUGAGCGAACGUCGGCUUUCUGGGGACUCGCUGCCCGGAUCACAGGGGAACCUAUCAAACAUGAAUCGAGUGGAGGGAUGCGACGAGAACCAGGUAUCACUUGGGGUGCGUAGUGAGGGCUCCCCGCCGACGCCCCGCUCCCUACGCCUGAUAAUGCCCUCCUCCAUAGCCCCCCCCACAAGUCUGGUGCCGGGAAGCAACAGCCUGGCCAGUAUGGGGUCCGGGCUGCCCCCACAACACCUGAGCAACCUAGCGGCGUCAUCGGAGGAUCUGAGGAGGUAUACCCCACUACCUGAACACUCCCCAGCCUCUGCUCUUACGCCCGCUGCUCCACACCACCUCCCAUGCUCACCAGGAGCCAGUGCUGGCAACCCCCCCAUGGCCCUGAUCCCCGCAAACUGCAGCCUUCUCUCCAGCCCAAUGCUAAGAGGGGAGGGUCUGGUCUCUACCCCCUCCCCCCUCUCCUCCCAACACAGCUCCCAAGACUCACUGCACAAGAGUGUUAUUAAUCAGCCGAAGAAGAAGGGCAUCAAGUCAUCUAUUGGCAGGUUCUUCAGUAAAAAGGAUAAGCAACAGGUGAAGAUGAAGGAGGCACUGCAGCACCACCCGGGCGGCCUGAGUUCAUCUGGCAUCUACAGUGACGGGGACAUUGGCUCCUCUGACUCCCUCUCCCAGGCUUGGACUGGCCAGAAGCCUGACAUGCGAACCAAAAAGAACCUGCCAGGUUACCGACACGAGCUGCUUGCGGAGGCCAUGAAGGCCGGCACACCCUUUGCUCUGUGGAACGGCCCAACCAUUGUGGCGUGGCUGGAACUGUGGGUGGGCAUGCCGGCCUGGUACGUCGCUGCCUGCCGUGCCAACGUCAAGUCCGGCGCAAUCAUGUCGGCUCUCAGUGACGCGGAGAUCCAGCGGGAAAUCGGCAUAUCAAAUCCACUGCAUCGUUUGAAAUUACGUCUAGCCAUUCAGGAGAUGGUCUCGCUGACGUCCCCCUCGGCCCCCAAGACAUCCCGCACCACUCUUGCCUUCGGGCACAUGAACCAUGAGUGGGUGGGCAAUGAGUGGCUGCUGGCGCUGGGGCUGCCGCAGUACAGGACUACCUUCAUGGAGUGUCUGGUGGAUGCACGCAUGCUGGACCACCUCUCCAAGAAGGACCUCAGAGGGCAGCUCAAGAUGGUGGACUCUUUUCAUAGGACCUCGCUACAGUUUGGCAUCACUGCUCUCAAGAAAGUGAACUACGAUCGUGUGGCUCUUGAGGACCGACGCCGCCAAUGUGAGGAGGAGAAUACAGAUGUGCUUGUGUGGACCAAUGACAGGGUGAUGAAGUGGAUCUCCUUCAUUGGGCUCAAGGAGUAUGCCAACAAUCUGGUGGAGUCGGGCGUGCAUGGGGCCCUGAUUGCCCUGGACGAGAGCUUUGACUACAACGCGCUGGCCCUGGCCCUGCAGAUCCCCACCCAGAACACUCAGGCCAGACAACUGUUGGAUCAGGAGUUUAGGAACCUGCUGGCAACAGGAACAGAUCGAACAGAAAUAAAUAAAUCCUGAUAUGAGGCCCCUGCUGUGAAGGAUGCAGAGGCGAGACUGGUGUGAAGCCCUCAGAGCCGUGGGAGGAGGAGGAGGAAGAGGACGAGGAGAAGGUGGAGAUACGGAGGUGGCAGGAGAAGAAAUAGGAGGAUAUGAGGUGAAGGAAGAAGAGGAUGUGAAAACUUGAAGGAAAAUGAAUAUAAAAGAGGAGGAGGAAUAUUAAAUGUGAAGAUAUGAGAAGAAAGAGCAAGGAAGAAGAUGAAAAAGAGGGGGAGAAGGAGGAAGACAUGAAGGAAGAGCAUAAAGAAAGUGAUGACGAUGACAGAAGAUGGAAGAAAAAAAGGGAAAGAUGAAAGAUGAAGAAAUAAAGGAAGAGAAGGAGAAACAAAGGAAGAGAAAGAGGAAUAGAAAGACAAGGAGGAGGAAGAGGAACAAGAGAAGGAUAGACUAACACAAUUCCUUCUAGACACAGAGAGAGAGAGAGAGAGAGAGAGAGAGAGACGAAUCCUUCACACAAAUAGAAGGAAUACCAGAUCCUUCCUUCACCAUUCACUCCUCCUACAUGAAGGCCACCAGAACCUCCUACAGAAGAGUCCAGGGCCACUCCUCCUCCCUGGGGCCCUACACGCAUCCUUCGCAUGCAGCAGUCACCAAACAACACCUUACAAACCUAUAUGAAGGAAAAUGACCUUCCUUUCCCACUAAGGACCUCGAAGGACCCUCAAAGGACCUCAGACACUUAAGUGAAGGAUACACCAAUGAUAUCCUAUUCCCAGCCUGUCUAGGACACCGGGAGAAACCAGUAACUUAACGCUGUACAACUUAUAGGAUACUUCACAAAUCCCCACAGUUACAUCGACCCACAUGGGGCAUCGGGAAGCCUGCAGGGCGUCACUUGUCAACCCAGCAUCCUACAGGACUCUAGGAUACCCAAGGGUGACAGGACAUGAAUUUUAGGGAGGCUGUUUUAAUUUUCCUCCCACCAUCUCUAGUCUUGUGUUUGUAACGAGAAAAAUUGACGUAUUAACCACUCAAGAGGGAAGAUUAUGUUCUGUGUGUGUGUGUGUGUGUGUGGGUGUGUUGGCAGACCUGAUGUGUGUGUGUGUGCGUGUGUGUGUGUAUGUGUGUGUGUGUGUGUGUGUAUACAGGGACAGCGCGUACAUGUGUCUGUGUGUGCGCUUGUCUUUCAAGUAAGGACGCACCGAUCAUCAGGUCUUAAAGGGAAACUUUUUGAAUUUAAGAGAGAGAUCGGCGUGAUGCGUACAAGAGAAAUGGAAUAAAUAGAAAUACAAUGAAAGAUAAGAGUAAAAUAGAGAGAGAGAGGAGAGAGAGAGAGAGAGAGAGAGAGAGAGAGAGAGAGAGAGAGAGAGAGAGAGGGAGAGAGAGAGAGAGAGAAAGGAGAAAUAGAGUAGAGAGAAAAAGGAGUGAAAAAUUAUGAAGAAAAGAGAAGGAAGUAGAAAAGUGAUACGUAAAACAGGAAAAACAAGGAAGUAAGAGUAAAAAGUGGUACGUAGAAGAGAGAAAACACAGAAAAUGGAAUACACAAAGAAAGGGAAUAGAAAGUGAUACGUAGGAGAGAAAAUACGAAAAAAACGUCCAGAGUGGUAUAGAAGAGAAAAACAGAAAACAAAGUGAAAAAUGGAAGAGAAAUAACAAAGAAAAUAGAGUAAAAGUGGUACGCAAAAUAGAAAAGGAAGGAAAAACAGAGUGGAAAAACAAAACGUAAAAAAAAAAACAGGAAAAACAGAGCAAAACAAUACGUCAUCACUGAACGUAACGUAACAUAACCCUUCACACAAAAAAAAACGUAACAAAAAAAAACAAACAUAAAAACUUUGUACAGAAAUAUAAAUUAAUGAAGAAGCUGAUUAAUAUAAAGUACAGAGAGAGAGAGUUGUUGAUGCUAGUGUGUGUGUGAGUGUAUGCAUGUCUGUGUGUGUAUGUGUGUGUGUGUUGCUGCAUGUUUGUGUUGGUGAUCUGCAAGUCGGCAAGCCCUUUGAAGUCUUGCCGGGUAGUCAGGAAACAGCGCGUGUGUCCCUAGCUAGCAGUGAUGACCAAAUUCACUUCUCCCAUAACGCUUUCCCCCUGAAUAUGUAACGAGUAGAUGUCAGCUAGGUAACUGGUUUGAUGAGACAAGAGGAGAGACCGAGAGAUAGGUGUGCCGCUGCUCUGGUGUGUGUCCGCGUGUGUCUGUGUUUUUGUGUGUGUCCGUCAUUCAACACAACAGCGACAUCCUUGGUGUAUAAGACGCUUGGGUGUUUCUUAGUAACCUCAACGUGCUUGGCUGUCUAUCACAAACUAAGUUAUCAGGAAGAUCACUUGCCUCAGAAACUCAAAAAUACAAUUUGUUUCAGUAAUUUUUACAGCACCUUAGAGACCCAGCUAUUGGAGGUGUUGGGAGCGUUGUGGAGACCUGCGGAACUUAGCUAUCUGAAGGCCUGUCAGUGAGGAAGGUGGUGUGGAUAGGCCUUGAGGUGUUGCAGUGGAAGUGAAGGAGGUGGUGGCGUGGAUAGGCUGGCAGGUAGAUGGUGGUGUAGAUAAGAUGAGGUGUUACAGUAGCAGUGGCAGUUAGGCAGAUGCAACAGAAUCAAGAUGUUUAUUUCUCGUUAUUUAAAUAUGUGAAGUUUGCAGUUGUGUAUAGGCAGCUGAGUGGGUGAUGAGUGGGGAUGUCAUGGCAGCUGUGAGGCUCAGAGGGAGAUUACUCGUACAGACAAGGAAACAGGUACUUGGGACUUGCAGGGAUAGCCAAACGACAAACCUGAAACCAUGAAACAGUGGCAGCUAUCGGAAAUUUGUGGAUAAACAGCAAUAUGUAUGACAGCUAGAGGUUUGGGGACUUGUAGAGAAGACACCAACCUAUUUAAAACUUGGUAGCUAAAUAUCUGUGGGAGUUUCAAGGAUAAACAGUGGUAGGUAAACUAAUUGAGAAUAUUGUGACAGCUAGAUGGUUUGGGGACAUGCAGGGAAGACACCAAAACCUAUUGAACUUUGGUAGCUAAAUGAUUGUGGGGAUUUUAAAGAUAGACCGAUGAAUAUAGUCAGUUAGGAAUGGCGUAGUGGAAGUUACCUGGGUUUUCAAAGGUGUUUCCAUGAUUACAGAGGAGGUUUACCAAGGUGCAGUGGAAGUUAUUGAAUUAUGCCAAGAUUACAGGACAUCAAGACAUUUCGACAAAACAGCCAGGUAUCUGAACAACAUUCGGAAACUCGGACACAUGAACACACAGAGACAGACACAGACAGACACACCUGAGGGCAGUGGAGAGAGAAGCACACCUCAGAACAAAUGCAUUCCAGUGUUGUAUACUCUCCAAAUGCAGCACAAGAAGAGAGAGACAAGAGACACAGAGAGAGAUACAAUUGCUUGAUAACCAAACAAUAGGAGAUAGACAAGAAAGAGAUACAUACAGAAUUCCUCGGUAACCAGUCUCUCACAUGGACGUUUGGUGCAGAAUGAGAUGGAAGAAGAAAUCCAACAUUGAAAAAACCAAAUGCCCAAAAUAAGAUAAAAAUAGCAGCUCUCCUUUUAUGGCUACAGUGUUUGGAGGUCCUGUCCCCUCAAACCUGGCCUCAUCCUGUCACCACUGCGCUGAACAGGCUGUAGGGGAAGCUAUGGGGUUUUCAAGGGUGUUUUCAUGAUUCCACUGCCUCUUUUACAGGCUCUUGUGGAAGUUAUCGGCAGUUUUCAAGGGUUGUAGUGGAAGUUUCUGGGGCUUUCAAGGGUUGUAGUGAAAGUUACUGGGGUUUUCAAGGGUUCUAGUGAAAAGUACUGGGAUUUUCAAGGGUUCUAGUGAGUUACUGGGGUUUUCAAGGGUUCUAGUGAAAGGUACUGGGGUUUUCAAGGGUUCUAGUGAAAGGUACUGGGGUUUUCAAGGGUUCUAGUGAGUUACUGGGGUUUCAAGGGUUCUAAUGAAAGUUACUGGGGUUUUCAAGGGUUCUAAUGAAAGUUACUGGGGUCUUAAGGGUUCUUGUAGAAGUUACCGGGGUUUUCAAUGGUGUUUUCAAUGGUGUUCAUAAUUUUUAGGAAAGUAACAGGCUGCAGUGGAAGUUAUCAAGUUUUCAAAAGAAGUUCUUUCCUCAUGAGCCUGGGGAAAGUCACAGGGGUUGUUAAAGGCAUUUUUAUGAGUCCAGGGAAAGUUUAUUAGCAUUAGGCAUAGGAUUUUCAGAGGCGUUCUUAUAAAUUUGAAGCUACUACCGUCUCUUAGCAUCUCUAGGCUGUGGGAGCGGUGGUGGCGGGUUAAGCCAAGGUCUGAAGGAGGGAGGACCUGAGUUUGAGCGCACGUAGCUUCGUAUCGUGUCUGUGUGGCAGUCUUUGUUGAAUCACAGUGUUCACCAUGUCACAAUGAUUUCUACGCCUCCUAGUUCGUGUGUGCGCGUGUGUGUGUGCGUGCGUGUGGAUGAUAAGGAUACUGUUACAGCUAAUCUUCCGUACCUUAAUGCCAAAAUGUCUUUGUAAUUAAUAUAUGUAAAGAAUGAUAAUGAAAAUAUCCCCGUGUCUUGUGGUCAGUCAGCGGCGAUGAACCUCACGUGGUGUUAGUGAUGAUGAUGAUGAUGAUGGUAGUGACGCUGAACACUCUCUCUCACUCUCACACACUCACUCGCCGCCCCCGUGUUGAAUAUGACCGAUUGUUUCUGUGAAACUCGUGAAAGUAGUGUACUGUUCUCAAAAAAUAAUGUUCAGUGUAGUGAUGAUUAUGCUAGCCAGCUCAGUGUUCCGUGUGUGUGUGUGUGUGUGUGUGUGUGUGUGUAUCAGGGGUGGGGAAGCGCACACGUGGACACACACACACACACACACACACACACACACACACACACACACACACACACACACACACACACACACACACACACACACACACACACACACACACACACACACACACACACACACACACACACACACACGUAAAAGCACGUGAAGCUGAAUUAAUUAAGAAAACCACACAUACAUACAUCAAACGUGUGUGUGUGUGUGUGUGUGUGUGUGUGUGUGUGUGUGUAUGUCUGUGUAUGCGCUUGCGUGUACGUGUGUGCGUGCGUGCGUGCGUGUGUGUGUGUGUCCUCAAGGCUUCGUCACUGCUGCCAAUCAUCUCCCUUGCCGUAACUAAACAGAGAGGGAACAUCAACAACAAAAAUAACAAGUUCCCUCUCCCUUUCCUUAAUUUGCUUCAUCCCUCCCCUAUCUCACCCUCUCCCCCCCCCUGUACCCCCUCUCCCCCCUGUCCCUCGGUGCUGUGUGGCCCCCUCCCCUCCCCCUCCUCCCCCCUAAUGUGAUAUGGAGCCCCCCCCAACCACCUUUCCCCCCCAAUAAACUCACUAAACUGCUAUUAUCACAUUAACAUACUGGUCAUUAUGUUUAUAUAUAAUAGUACAUAUAUUUAUUUUUUGCGUCUGUUAGUAUAAUUAUAGUAGGCUGGACGGCUGCGGCAGAAAUUGGUGGAUUAAGCCUUUUUUUUUUUUUUUUUCUCCCCAGCCGUUGGAAGCCCUGAUGAUUUUUUUUUCCAGAUUUUUUUUUUCAUAUUUUUUUCUUUUAGUUUAUAUCUGUAAGGUUUUUAAUUUAUAUCUAUGUGCCGCGCGUAACCAAAACAUUGUACGUACUAGCUCAUCCAAUCCAUUUUUUUUUUUUUAACAUUUCUUUUUUUACUAUUCCCUGUUUUUCUCCCUCUAUUUAUUUACUUUAUGUCUUUUUUACGGUGUCUUUCUUUUUUCCCUGCCUGUCUGCCUCCACCUCUCCACACGCCACCACUGUUCAUCUUGUGCACUUGUUUUUGCCUUUCCAACGGGACCUCAUUAUUGAUCAGAUUCUUUCGUUCAAGUUUGCUUUUGUUUUCUUGUUCAAAUUCUUUCGCUCCUUCAAGUAAUGUAUUUUGUUUUCAUGUAAUUCAAAUCUCCCUCUCACUUUUUAUUUAUUUAUUUAUUUAUUAUUAUUUUUUUCCCUGUUCUGUCGGGGCUUCGUUAGUUUUGUCUUGUUACAUUAUUAUUAGCUAAUUCUAACUUUUCUAUCACAAUUUUCUUGCCUUUUAUCAGUUUUUCCUUCUGUCCCUGUCUAUCUUAUUUCAUUCCUUCCAUUUCUUCAGAAUUUACUAUAUUUUUCCAACGCAAUUAUUUUUCCUUAAUUUUUUUCUUGUUAUCUUGCAAUUGAAAUUUAUAUAAACGUUAAAUCAACCUGUCAUCUUGUGUGUGCAUUUAACUUAGAUCUUUUCCGUAAUGCUGUCAAAUACUUAGGUCUAAUAUUCUCAUUUUAUAUCUGUCUGUGUCAUUUACUCCUCGUAUUACUAACUCCAUUACUUUUCCAUUUAUUUCAAUUUAACCUCCAUCUCUCGUAUUCAAAUGUCUCUCCGUUAGGCUAGGCUAUAUUUUCAUCUUUUAUCUAAUUUAUUCUUCGUAUUGCUGUCUAACGCUUUUUUAUUUACUUUCUUAUCUUGUGUUUGAAUUUAACCUUCAUCUUUCGCAUUUCAAAUGUCGCUAUUUUCUUGUAUAUGUCAUUUAUUCCCUCGUAUUGCUAAUGUUUGUGUUUGGUGGCGUCGGUGGUGGUGGUGGUGGUGGUGUCAGGCAUCUACGGACCAUCUCUCACUACUGACGGUGGUGACUUUCCUCAAAGAACCAUUCCAAGUCUUUUACAUCUAUCCAUUCCUGUCUGCCUGUCCUGUGUCCAUUAUUCCUACAUUAUUUUAUUGACUCUCUUUGUCCCUCCUUUUAUUAUUAUUAUUAUUAUUUUAUUUAUUUAUUUAUUUUUUUUGUUUUUUUCCUGUGUUUAAUCUCGAUCUCUCCCCGCCAUUCUUCCCAUUCGUGUAUUCGUUUUUCUCGUCCUUCUUCUCGUCUUUCAUUAUUCUUUUUUUAUCUCUCUUUCUCCAUUUUUUUUAUCCAUUUAUUCUCUCCUUAUUUGUCUCUUCUAGUCAUUAUUUCUUAUUUAUUUUCUGUUCAGUCUUCAUAUUUUAUAUAUUCUCUCUCUCUCUCUCUCUCUCUCUCUCUCUCUCUCUCUCUCUCUCUCUCUCUCUCUCUCUCUCUCUCUCUCUCUCUCUCUCUCUCUCUCUCUCUCAGCUUUUUAAAAAUUUUUCCCCCUUAAUCUCCUUUUCAUUAUUUCAAAACAACUGUUAAUAUUAUUUUGGUCCCCCCUCACACGCGCGAGCUCUCCCUCACACACCCUGUUGAUAAUUUGAACUCUCCAGAAGUGCCACGUUUUUUGCAGUCGAACCGUCUUGAAAAAAAAUAAUAAUAAAUAAAUAAAUAAUAAAUAAAAAUAAAUGAAAACAAAUAACUAAAUAAAACCACGACACAUUUGGUCAGGUAAUACUCAAGAACUGGGAUGAAUUACGUAUAAGGAGUGUUUUGAGAUGUGGGUUAAAAAAUUGAAGUUUCUGAGGGUGGAGAAAACGGGUAUCUUAACAAUGUGGACUUUUUACAAUCUACGACAAAUUUGAUAAUGAAAAUACCAGAGAUGGACGUUAUGAGUGUUUGAGAAGACGUGGGUUAUAGAGUAAAGAUUCCGAGGGUGGAAAAAACGAGGAAAAUGGUCAAACCUGGAUUUUUCACAAACAGAAAAUGCGUUACUGAGGGUGAAAACUCCAAAAAUUGUGUUCUUUUACGGAUACAAAACCAGACGGACUUGGCCAGGAAAUUCUUAGAGAUGCACCUUAAAAUUUGAGUAUUCGAGAAGACGUGGGUUACAAAUCUAAGUAACAGAGGAUUGGGAUAUCAAAAUUUUGUGCUUACGAAUGCAAAACCAGACGACCAGAAAAUUCUCAGGGAUGGACUUCAAUAGAUUUCACAAGUGUUGAUAAGUCGUGUGUUACAAAUUUAAAUUAUUAAGGCUUUUGCAAACAGUAGUGGUGGUGAGAGAGCAAAGUGUUUCAGAAUACGGGCCUGUGAGCCAUAACUAACUAACCGUACCAUUUCGCAAGACUGUACUUAAUGCAAUGUGGCGUAGUGUAGGGCGAGGCGCGUGUGAGGGACCGUGAUAACUUGAAAUACUUAAAGUGGUCGACACACAUAAGGCAAAUUGAACUUAAUAGAGAAAGAGAGAGGGACUGCAUGCCUUUUAAAUUAUCGCUCUUGCAAAACACUCGCAUAUUUUAUUUAUUUUAACUGAUCCUUGUGCAACCUUUCCAAAAUAUCGUUCAUUUAUUGUUUUAUUGAAUGAUUUUAUUGAUUCUUGUGCCAUUUGUGGAAAGAAUGUUAGUUUUUUUUGUCAUACUCUAGUGAAAAGAUUAUUUUUUUUCUCUUUUCCAUACAGUUAAUUAAAAGAUACUUAAUUCUCUCUCUCUCUCUCUCUCUCUCUCUCUCUCUCUCACUCUCUCUCUCUCUCUCUCUCUCUCUCUCUCUCUCUCUCUCUCUCUCUCUCUCAAAAAUCAUGCCAUAGUAUACAAGAUAUUUUAUUUUUUCUUUCUCUUUGUACAUAUUACGUCAAUAGAUAAAAUAUUUUGGUAUAAUUAUAAUAAAAUUUCUCUCUCUCUCUCUCUCUCUCUCUCUCUCUCUCUCUCUCUCUCUCUCUCUCUCUCUCUCUCUCUCUCUCUCUCUCUCUGUCAAAGAACAUUUUCCUCAGUUCUGUAUAAUAAGUAAACAAAUCUUGCCAUAAACAGAAAAUAAUUUGUAUAUAAUUAUUUUACAUUAAAUUUUCUGCUUCUUUCCGUGGAGCAGAAAACAACCAAACAACUAUUUUUAUUAUUAUUAUCAUUAUUUCUUCAUUAUUUUUCUACCGUUCUUUUUAAGCCAGAAAGGACAUCCCAUCCGUGCAUUCUCAACAACUCAGCCUUUCUCUUAUCUCCUCCUAUCCUUCCCUUUAUCAUUAUCGUACUUUUUUUUUUAUCCAAGCAUCCUAACAUUUUAAUUCCCCCGUAAAAAAAAGCAAUAGAAAACGUAAUUAUUUUCAUCUUUGUACCCUUAACGUUUCACCCAGCCAUGUCCCACUCUCUCUUCCCUUCUCCCUUUAUAAUUAUCGUACCUUUAUUAUCGAAGCAUCCAAAUAUUUUAAUUCCCCCAUGAAAAAAAAAGCAAUAGAAAACGUAAUUAUUUUCAUCUCUGUACCCUUAAACUUUCACCCAGCUAUCUCCUUUUCUCUCUUCCCUUCUAUAAUUAUCGUACAUUUUUAUCCAAACAUCCAAACAUUUUAAUUUCCCCGUAAAAAAAAAAAGCAAUAGAAAACGUAAUUAUUUUCAUCUCUGUACCUUAAUGUUUCAUCCAGUCAUUUCCCUCUCUCUCUUUCCCUCUCUCUGUACUAAGAUCAAAUAUGGACAGGCCAGGUAGCAAUAUAUAUAUUUUGUGUACUUGUUAAGUGUAGUAUUCUACCUCCUUCCCUCUCCACGUCCUACCACACACCCUAGAAACUCCUGCAGGGCCUCUGAUAUCCUACUAGCCUCGUGUGCCCCUUAAUAGCAUCCCAUCCUACAAUCCUUUCCCUGUAGGAUCUCUCGUAUCCUUUAUAUCUUUUUAAAUAGGACCUUUGUUUUAUCUCCUUGUCCUUUCCACACGCUCUGCAGACUCCUACAGAUCCUUUAUGCAUCCUAUAGGACAUUCCGUAUCCUACAAGCCUUCCUUUUUCAAUAGGACUCAACAUAUCCUAUACGUCUUUUUCUAUAUGAUGUCUCUAUCCUUCCCACACCUCAAAUAUCCUGCAGGUCCUAUACGCCUCUCUGUAGGACGUCUGGUAUAUCCUACACACUCCUUUCUUUCAAUAGGAUCUUAAAAGUCCUCUGCUACAUGUCCUUUACCCUCUUGGCCCAUCCCUCUCCCCAUCAUUAUGCAGGGAAUCCUUUUAUAGUUAUCUAGAGGUCCUGUUGUUUUAUAUAGGAUCUUAGAGGCAUCCCAUACAUCUCUAGAAUAACAUUACUGUAUCCUUGAGCAUCCCAAACGCGUCAUACAGACCCACCCUUUUUCUAUAGGACCCCAAACACAUCCUAUCUUUCUCUAUAGGACUCCAAAUCUAUCCUGUAAACCCAAGUCCUACCCUUCUCAGUCGUUCCCCAGUCAGAGGUCCUGCCCUGCCCUAUAGGAUCUGUCUUAUCGUUACGUAUCCUAUGCUGUCCUGGUCUCCUGUCCUAUCCUAAGCUCAUUUGUCUUUGUCUCUAUUAUUUCAUUUUUCUCUUUCGUAAAUUUGAGAAUGUUGUGUGUGUUUAGUAUUGAUUAUUUUGGGGGUGAUUUUCUUUUUCUAUAACUUUUUAUUAUUAUUAUUAUUAUUAUUAUUAUUAUUAUUAUUAUUAUUAUUAUUAUUAUUAUUAUUAUUAUUAUUGUCAUCGUCUGUUUGAAAGGUGUUUCAGAACAUUUAUAUUAAUAAUUACAAAAAAGUUAUUUUUGCAAUUUUAUGGUCAUUAUUAAUUAGAAAGAAAGACUCAUGUUAGUAAUAUUUUCCUGUAUACAAUAUUUCUUACAUUACAGAUUAAAAUGAUUUAAAUAAUUCCUUCAUAAAAUAUUUCAUGUGUUAGUAAGAAAAAAUCUAUUCCUUCUGUUUUUUACGUAACAUAUUUAAAUAAUUUUACUGUUUUUAGACAUUCUGUUGGUUUACAGGAAUUUGAAUAAUUUUUUUCUUACAAUAUUUCAUACGUUAAAAUUUAAAAGAAUUUUAAUCUGUUUUUUUGUAUAAUAUUUCUUACGUUGCAUGUUUAAAUAAUUUAAAUCCUUUUUAUACAUUGUGCUGGUUUACAACAGUAUGAAUCCAUUCCUUCAUACAACAUUUCGUACGUUACAUUUUAUAAGUCUGAAUCUUUUAAGACCUUCUGCUGGACACGAAGAUUUAAAUGAGCUUUACAGAGCAGGACAGAAGCAUUCUCUCUCCGCCAUUCCCCAAGCCUCCUCCAUCAGUCAGUGUCAGUACUUCAUCGCGUCUCCUUUGUAUACUUUCCCUUGUGCUUUCAUUUUGGCAUCCGCUGUGGUUCCCGUGUAAUAAUUUAUCUCCAGACAAUACUAACGUUAAUUAUUAGUCUACGGGUGCACAGUGGGAUGGAUGAAUAUAUAUAUAGAAAUCCUUCAUUCCUUCAUUCAUUUUUCUUUUUUCUCCUUCCUUCCUACACAUAUCUACUUUGUCUUGUCUUGAGUCAUCCUUCUUCUUUUCGUUCCAUCAAAUUACUUCAAAAAAACAACUCAUGUAAUAUAUCAUUAAUAAAAAAUGAUUUCUAAAGUAGA